AUAUAUAUAUAUAUAUAUAUAAAAAAAAAUAUAGAUGGUUUCCAUAUCCAGUGUUAUUCUGCAUUUGGCUAUCCACCUUGUCAUCUCCAUCCACAGCCAUGCACAACACUGCCACCUUGAUGACUACCACUCCCUCCUUCCCUUCUUCCAACCUCUGUCUUUCCCAAAUCCCAAGGUGGAACUCCACCUCCCACUGCUGUUCAUGGCCUGGCAUCUCCUGCAAUUCCAUGUUCAGAGUCUCCUCCAUCAACCUCUCCAACAUGUCUCUCAAGUCCUCCAUCACUGACUCCUUUGCUGGCCUUCAUCACCUUGCUUCCCUUGACCUCUCCUCUAACUCCUUCACUGGCCCUGUUCCUCCUUCUCUUUUUCAUCUCCCUUCUCUUCUUUCUCUCAACCUCAGUGUGAACUUUCUCUCUGGUCAUGUCCCACUGGAUAUCUCUCUCCCUUUGCUCACAGUCUUCAACAUCUCUGGCAACCUUUUCAAUGGUUCUCAUCCUGUUCUCACCUCCUCACCAAACUUGCAAGUUUUUGAUGUGGGAUAUAAUUUCUUCUCUGGAAGGAUUAACUCCAGUGUUUGCUCUGGUCAUAAUAGCAGUGAUAAUGUUAAUCUCAGAGUCCUCCAUUUUACAAUGAAUCUCUUCUCUGGUGAGUUUCCUGUUGGAUUUAGCAACUGUUCUCGGCUUGAAGAGUUGGCACUGGACAUGAACUCUUUGUCUGGGAACUUGCCUGAGGACUUGUUCAAGAUGAAAUCUUUGAAGGUUUUGCAGCUUCAGGAGAACCAGUUCUCUGGCUUGCUUAGUCCCAAGAUCAGUAAUCUUUCUCAACUUGUGCUUUUUGAUAUCUCCUUCAAUGGUUUCUUUGGUAGCAUUCCCAAUGUGUUUGAUAAACUUGGCAAACUAGAGUCUUUUUUAGCUCAUUCUAAUGGUUUUGGAGGUGCUUUGCCUGCUUCUCUCUCUGAUUUAAGUUCUGUUCAAGUGUUGAGCUUGAAAAACAAUUCUUUUGUUGGUGAGAUUAACCUUGAUUUCACAAAGAUGCUGAAACUCAGCACUCUUGAUCUUGGCUCUAAUGAGUUCAGUGGUGUCAUUCCUAACAAUAUCUCAUUGUGCAAACAACUCAAGAACUUGAAUCUUGCCAGAAAUAAUCUCAGUGGCAGCAUUCCUGCUAGUUUUAGAAAUCUUGUUUCACUGUCUUAUGUAUCGCUUUCGAACAAUAGUUUCGUGGAUGUAUUUUCGGCAUUGGAGGUUUUGCAGGAUUGCCCAAACCUUACUGCUUUGGUUCUUACCAUGAAUUUCCUUGGUGGUGAAACUCUGCCAUUGUCCGGGAUUAAUGGUUUCAAGAAACUCGAAGUUCUUGUGAUUGCAAAUUGUGAUCUUUUCGGUGUUGUACCGGCAUGGUUGGCUGGUUGUAGCAGUUUGAAGGUGUUAGAUUUGUCAUGGAAUCGAUUGGGGGGAACUAUUCCUUCAUGGCUUGGGAAUUUCGAUUCAAUGUUCUACAUGGAUCUUUCAAACAAUUCAAUUGGAGGAGAGAUUCCGACAAGCUUGACCCACAUGAAGGCCUUGAUUUCUCGCAAUGCAUCGGUGGAAAGGUCGGGAAUUCAGGACUUUCCUUUCUUUGUCAAGAAAAAUAAAGCUGGGAAGGGGUUGCAGUAUAAUCAGAUUGGCAAUUUUCCUCCAUCUUUGAUUCUAUGUAAUAAUUUGCUCGUCGGGCCUGUCUUGCUGGGAUUCCGGAAGCUUAAGAACCUCCAUGUUUUGGAUUUGGGCAAGAACGAACUGUCCGGAUCGAUCCCUGGGGAUUUAUCAGAGAUGUCAAGCUUGGAAACUUUGGAUUUGUCGCACAACAAUCUUUCAGGAAUCAUUCCUUCAUCUCUCACCAAGCUGAAUUUCCUGUCAAAUUUCAAUGUGGCAUACAAUAAAUUAGUAGGACAGAUCCCGGUUGGAGGUCAAUUCUCGACGUUCCCCAACUCUAGUUUUGAAGGCAAUGUUGAUCUCUGUGGGUAUAACAUACCAUCUUGCCUAUCCAGAGAUCCUCCACAAGCUAUUGCGAAAAGCCGGAAAAACAAGGGAGUUAUUGUGGGAAUGGCUCUUGGAAUUGGUCUCGGGACGAUCAUCGUUCUCGCUAUAAUUUAUAUUGCUGUCUCGAGGACUCGAUACAGCCGACCGGUGGAUUGCGUGACGGAGGUUGCCGAUGACAAUGGACACUCGGAAUCAGCUGAGCAUGGACUGGUGCUUCUAUUUCAGAAUAAGGACUUCAAGGACAUGAGCAUCAAUGCCAUUUUGAAGUCUACCAACAACUUUGAUCAAGCUAAUAUCAUCGGUUGUGGUGGAUUUGGCCUCGUCUAUAAGGCAACAUUGCCGGAUGGACGGAAGGUUGCGAUCAAAAGGCUUUCCGGUGAGAUUGGUCAGAUAGACAGGGAGUUUCAAGCAGAAGUAGAAGCACUCUCAAGAGCUCAACACCGACAUCUUGUAUUGCUUCAAGGGUAUUGCAGACUUGAGAAUGAUCGGCUAUUGAUCUACUCUUACAUGGAGAACGGGAGUUUGGAUUAUUGGCUCCAUGAAAAGCUCGAAGGGUCCUCAUCAUUAGACUGGAAUACAAGACUUCGAAUAGCACAAGGAGCAGCGAAAGGAUUGGCAUAUCUGCAUCUAUCCUGCCAGCCUCAUAUACUUCAUCGAGACAUCAAGUCGAGCAACAUUCUGCUCGAUGAGAAUUUUGAGGCGCAUUUGGCCGAUUUUGGACUGGCGAGGCUUGUUCUCCGCCCGUAUGACACUCAUGUGACCACUGAUCUGGUGGGAACUCUUGGCUAUAUUCCCCCGGAAUACGGGCAAGCCUCGAUUGCUACUUUCAAAGGUGAUAUAUAUAGUUUCGGAGUAGUUCUUUUGGAGUUGCUCACCAGUCGGCGACCUGUAGACAUCUGUAAGCCAAGAGGAUGCAGAAACUUGGUUUCUUGGGUGCUUGUAAUGAAGAAAGAGAACAGGGAGGCCGAGGUCUUCGAUCCUUUCAUCAGUGACAACAAAAGCCAAUACAGACAAUUGAUGCAGAUGCUUGACAUUGCUUGCCUGUGCUUAAAUGAAUCUCCGAAGCUCAGACCUCCAAUUCAGCAACUAGUUAUAUGGCUUGACAGCAUUGGUUUGGAUACCAACCUGGUAACCUGAGAGAAGAUGAUGAUGAUGACCCUUUCUCUGUUACAGUUAAAGCGAUAAAACUCCAGAACCAAAGGAACAAAAGAAGCAUAAUAGAAAGACAAUUAUGAGUGAUGCUCUGUUUUUAAUUUCUUCGAACUUGCUUUUUAUAGCUUUUGUAAAGGAAAUUAGUAUCUGUUUUUCAUUUCCAUAGAUCUAUGACAAGAGUUUAUAUCAACUGUCAAUGUUCUUAACAACAAUGUCGAGGAACGACACACUAGUUCCUUCCUGCAGUUCCCCACCUUAGAAUCACCUGAAACAAUAAAGUCUAAUUUUGAAGUUAAGCAUGAUGGUUUUUCCUAUUGACUGUUUUUGAUGUGCAGAACUUAUAUAAACACAGUGCCAAUAGCCAUCAUUGUAGAUGUCUACAGGCUUCUGACGGGUAAGCAACUCCAAAAGAACUACUCUGAAAUUGCAUAUAUAUAUAACCUUUGAAUGUAGCAAUACAGGCUUGCCGUAUUCCAGGGAAUGUCGCCACAAGUUCAUACCAAAUUAGCUGUCACAUGAGUGUGUUUCAUCUGUCCGAAAUACGCCAAAUGCGGCAUGAAAUUCUCGUCUAGCAGAAUGUUGCUUGACUUGAUACUUCAGUGAACCAUUAGAGGUUGGCAGGAUUCAUGCAAGUAUGUCAAUGACUUUGAAUUCAAGCUCCUUGUGAUAUUUCGAAGUCUAGUAUUCUAGUCCCAGUGAUGAGAACUCACUGAGAUUUCCAUGGAGCCAAUUGUUAAAGCUCCUGUUGUCCAUGUUGGAAUAAUUCAAUAACUGAUC